AUGAAUGAAGAAUCUUCAAAUUCUAACUGCGGAAUUCAUAUUUUUCAUGCAUGCAAAUUCAAAGGGGUAGUACCACAACAAAAUGGACACUGGGGGGCACAGAUUUAUGCAAACCAUCAACGCAUAUGGCUUGGGACAUUUAAAUCAGAGAUAGACGCGGCUAUGGCUUAUGAUAGUGCAGCCAUCAAACUCCGGGAUGGAGAAACUCAUCGAAAUUUUCCAUGGACAAGACUAAGUAUUCAAGAACCAAAAUUUCAGAGCCAUUUCAGCACAGAAGCAAUUCUGAACAUGAUAAGGGAUGGAUCAUACCCAUCCAGGUUUGCUGAAUUUCUAAGGAGCCAAAAGGGUGAAAUCGAAAUAGGCCUAAAUCUUUCAUCGCUACAUGGGGACGGGGAAUUUUCGUGCAGGCUACUUUUCCAAAAGGAAUUAACGCCAAGUGAUGUUGGAAAACUGAAUAGGCUUGUAAUUCCCAAAAAAUAUGCUGUUAAGUAUUUCCAAAAUGUUACUGCAGAAGAUGAUGUAGAAAAUGGGAGAGUUGAUGAGGUGCAGCUUGAGUUUUAUGAUAGACAGAUGAGGUUAUGGAAAUUUCGGUAUUGCUAUUGGAAGAGUAGCCAAAGUUAUGUAUUCACAAGAGGCUGGAAUAGAUUUGUGAGAGAAAAAGAAUUAAGGGCUAGUGAUAUUAUAGCUUUCUACAUGUAUGAGAGUCGAGACAAGCGUCGAGUUGGACAAACAUUUUGUGUAAUUGAUGUGGCCAACAAAGGGGACUCAAGACAUGGCUUAACCGCUGUAGGGAUAACAGAUCGUCGUCUUGAUUUAGGACAAAAUGCAACUUACGAAUUAAAUAAAGAAGAGAUUGAAGAAUUUGAGGAUCAAAUGGAGUUUGUGGGAAUAGAUUUAUCACCUAGCAGCACUGAGACAAAAAGUAUCAAACUAUUUGGAGUCCUUAUUAAUCUUUGA